AUGUAAAGAAUCUAAUAUUUAAAUAACUAAAUAAAGCAAAAUCAAACAUCAUAAUCUUAGGGAAUUUGGGUCACUAAACUCGCAUAAAUCUAUGAUUUUUAAAAAUUUGGUAAUUUAAAAGGAAAAACAGUCCUAAUAACAGGUGCAUCUCGUGGAAUAGGCUUAUCUAUAGGUAAAAGAUGUGCCUAAGAUGGUGCUAAUAUAGUAAUAUUAGCCAAAACAGCAUAACCAAACCCUAAAUUACCAGGUACAAUACACACAGCAGCUGAUGAAAUCAUAAAACUAGGCGGAAAAGCCUUGCCUAUAAUAUGUGAUAUUAGAUUUGAAGAUCAAGUUAAAUAAGCAAUAGAAAAGGCUGUAUAAACAUUCGGAGGAAUUGAUAUAUUAAUAAAUAAUGCAUCUGCAAUAAGCUUAACAGAUACAGAAUCAACAGAUAUGAAAAAAUAUGAUUUAAUGCAUUAAAUUAAUACAAGAGGUACUUUUAUGGUUUCUAAAUAUUGUUUACCUCAUUUAAAAAAAUCCAUUAAUCCCCAUAUAUUAAAUAUAUCACCUCCAUUAAACAUGUAAAAAGAAUUUUUCGGUCCACAUGUAGCUUAUACUAUGGCUAAAUAUGGCAUGAGUAUGUGUGUUUUAGGUAUGAGUUAUGAGUUAAAAGAUUAUGGUAUAGGUGUAAAUGCAUUAUGGCCAAGAACUUCUAUAUCUACUGCUGCUGUUUAGAAUUUAUUAGGGGGAGACAAUGCCAUAAAAGUUUCUAGAAAAGAAGAAAUAAUGUCCGAUUCGGCUUAUGUUAUUUUAACAUCUGAUUCUAAAAAAACUACUGGUAACUUUUUUGUUGAUGAUGAAGUUUUAGCAAGCGUUGGUGUUUAAGAUUUUUCUAAAUAUAGAUGUGAUCCUAAUGUUUAAGAAUAUUAACUUGCGCCAGAUUUUUUUUUAUGA